CUGCCACGUGCAAUCCAAAAGCAGGCAAGGCGACGAUGGCCGGAACCCGGCUCGCCCUGCUCGUGAGCAUGCUCAUCCCGCUCGUCGUCUUCAUCGCGCCCAUCGCGUACCACUUGACGCGCGUCCCGCGUGCGGCGCUGCCGCUCGAGGCCAUCGCUGCGCUCGACGUCGCCUCGCUUGAAGCCGCGCUACAGACCAAGCUGCGGAACGCCGAGCGCAUCACGCUCUGGGCGGGCCGGGCGUUCGCUACGGCGCCCAACGCCCAGCUGCGUGUCGACGCACUGCCAGCGCUCGAUAGCCAUGAUGUGGAUCGCCAACUCUUGUCUGCGGUGCAAGCCGCCAACCUCGCCGGCGAGAUGGUGGUCUUCGUGCUCUGUCGCAGCAAAGACAAUAGCGCGCCCAUCACGAUGGGCAGCUAUCGCCACGGCUGGACCGACGCGUGCGAGCUCUCGUUGUCUGCGCAAAGCGAGCUUUUGCAGCGCGUGUUUCGGGGCCAUCGCGACCCGUCGAUCCGCGUCGCGUUGAAGUAUCGUUGGAGCCUCUCGCUCUUGAGCGAAGUGCCCAGCUGGGAGAGCGCGUCGUGGGCCGCCCACGUCAGCGAGGUUGCCAUGGCGUACGUCGAGCCGCUCGCCGCAAAACUCUCGGCUCUUGCAUCCUUCACACUCGAGUCCCAAGCCCUCCACUACGCGCGCUUGGCGCCGGACUAUGGCUACGACGAAGCAACGCAGACGCACUUUGUCACGGCAAGCGACCUUCAGCAAUUUAAGAGCGCCAACGACUUUGCAACCGUCUCGAUCCUCCACGACCGCGAGCAACUCGUCCACUUUAUGGCGGCCUUGCCGUCGGCCGACCAUGCGUCGCUCGUGAUCCGCCCGACUGCCACGACAUCGACUUCGAAACGGUCGUUUCUGAUCCCUGGCUAUGGCGGCGUCACGGUCCUCAACCCGCUCGCAGCGCCAAUCGACGAGGUGCACCGCAUGAUGCAAGUGGCUGUCGCCCAGCUGCGCGCUGCGCUUGGCUUGCGCUCCGUCGGUGACGCCGGCAUGGGUUUGGCCGACUGGGAACUCGAUCUCCUCGUCCGCGUCUGGCUCACCAAGCACUGGCACACGAGCUUGUCCGCGAUCACGUCGACGGCCAAGCUUGUCGAUGCCAUGCCGCAAAUGACGGUGCUGCCACGCAUCCAGCGCCAAGUCGACACGACACUGCGCACUAUCCACACAAUCACCGCGGCGCUCGAAGACCGAGACAGCGUCUGGCGCGCGGCCGACUGUGCAGCGCAGCUUCUCUCGCUGCGUGCGGCAGUCGAGGCCAUUGAAGGCACGUACUACGACUCGACCAUGGUCGCGCAACUUUACUUUCCCGAAGAGCAUUUGUACGCGGUCUACUUGCCGCUAUUGCUGCCGCUCGUCCUGCCCUUUGGCUUUGGCCUUGUGCGCGAAAUCAAGCGCGUCCGUGCCAAGCGUGCGGCCAAGCCAACGGCGUAGUAGGUUACCACCUGCAACACUCUUUGACAAGUCCGUUCUUGACACUUGGUCGCCCUCUUGUCUAUUGAACGAUCCGGUAGUUGGUUUCGGAGGCGAAAAGCGC